AUGCAAAGGAACUCGGUAGCUGUUCGUCAGCUAAUUCACUACAAGGGACAACCGGAUCCAUUGAAGGGUGAUGCCCUUAAUAAGUCUGUAAGAGAAACUGCUCAAGAAGCUUUAUCAGCUAUAUUUUCUAGAGAAGACAACAGUAAACCACCACCACCACAAGAAGGUCUUACACAACGUAUACAAGGGUUUGGAAACACAAACUUUGACGUUCCAUCUGAUGAUAAGAAGUCGUUUCUUAGUGAUAUGGUUGGCAUUGGAAGUGCAACAAUCAAGCAAGGGUUAAAUAGCUUAUCACAAGCUCAAACUCAUAAUAAAAAUGACACAGGAGCUUACAGGGGCCCUAAUAUGAGAAGAUCAUUGACUAAUGAAUCGAGUUACUCUGAUAGCAAAGAACUUUCUAGUCAAGCUGCACUUUCUUCUAGGUCAUCAACAAAUGCAUAUGGAUCUUGGGGUCAAGAUCUAAAAACAAAUGCUGUGGUAAAAUGCUCCGAGUCUCCUCAAGCCUCUUUAAGGGAAAAUGCAAAUAAGGUAAGCCAUCAAGACAAAUGGAAUGGAGUCUGUACACAGGAAACAUUGAGAAUUGCUAGAAAAGGAUUGCUCAAGACUCAGGAAAAGGUUACUGGUCUUGGUAUAUGUGUGGAGGUGGUAAAGAAUAAGCUAGCACCUGCUAUGAAAAAGGCAGAGCUGGAGAUUGAGUGUGGAGGUGAGUUUUGCGUUUUCAAGUUUACAGGUAAUUUGGAUGAGCGAAAUAUGAAACAGAGGAGAUUGUUGAUUAUGCUGUCAGGCUUUUCACUGGGCUUGUCACCCUUUAGAAUAAAACCUUUGAGAUUUGGGAUAUCUGGACAAGGCAAGGCCACCCUGAACUUGCAAGCACCAUCCAUGUCCAUGCUCACAUAUACUUCUACUUUCUUCAUUUAUUUACUUGUUUGCUGCCAGUUUGGGGUAGAGUUGCAACUGAAAAAUGUUCAAGCUGUUGGUGUUUAUGGGUGGAGCAGUGAAUUUGUUAUUAUUUCCAAUCUAUCAUGGCAACCUUCAACAGUAGUUUUGGACCGGCACCUUCUUGCAGAAGAUAGCGUGUACGUGUUCUUGUGCUGCUAUUAUGGAUUUGGGAACAUCCUUGCUUUCUGGUCCAACUGUAUGUAUCUCACGUGA